AUACUUGCUUGCCGGAAGAGGUGUGAUCAUCAUCCCACAGGAAAACAAUAUUUCACAGAGAUUUUCUGCGAUUCACAGAGCACAGACGAGAGACAUUAUGUCGUUCGAGAAAGGUUAGUUUAUCUUGCAUAUUUUAGGAUCGCAUAUGCUCUAAUUUAUAGUCUGUAGCCUUAGUUUAUGCGAACAGUUUGUUUCAGCUUUCUUUGACAAACUCACUUUCGUGAUCCUGUCAUCUUUCUUGAACAUGUACUAGCUAUCGUUUUUCUUCCAGCGAUACGGUAUCUUUUGAGACCAAGCUUAUUCUUGUCUUACAGGACGUAUAUUUUCUACCUUACCGAAAACUGUUAGAGGCGCUCCAACAGUUUUAAAAGGCGAUCCAAAAGGAAAAAAUUUCCUCUAUACCAAUGGUACCAGCGUGAUAAUUCGCGACAUUGAGGUGGGUUUAAUUUAUUUCUGCAAGAUUAUUUUAGCUUCAGAAGUGCAAUUUUCAUCAGAGCUUGUCAUUCGCAAAGCAGGGGGCUGAAAACUCAAACAUACUGAGCAAAUUUCGAAAUGCAUCUUUUUAUUCUCAGCUGCAUGCGAUAUUAUUUUCGGAAUUUUCCUGCACACUCGAUAAUUUCCUGUAGACGUUGACUCAUGUAAAAUUCAUGUAUUUUAAAUUUCUCACUCACUCUGAAAAUUUUAAGUGACGUAAGGUACUGUAUUUCAUUCGAGAAUGUGCUUAAAUGUGAAAUAACACCUUGAAUGUGAAAUUACUUUGCAAGGAGGUUGCAUCUGAUAAAGAAGAUGUCGAUAGUGUAGUGGUGGACAUAAACGGGCGGUUUGUCGAUUAUUUUAAUAGUUUGAGUGAAUUACAGCCAACAUUGACCAAAAAAGGACAUAACUGAUCAACUAUUUUUGUUUCCAUAACUAUUUCCAUCUCCAACACUGCCAUUUCUAAUUAUGGAAGUCCUGUGGAAGCCAACUCGCUCAUUGUAGAUUUUUUUGUAUUAUUUAACCAGAUUUUAUGGUAAAGUUACAAACCAAAUUUUUUUCACUAUAAAAAUCCUCAAACGGAGUUAUUUAGUAUGUACAAAGUAAGUGAAUAGUGCAAAAUGUUGUCAUAUGAGGGCUUAAGGCUGUCAAGGCUAGUACUAUUCCCUUAGGAGCAUCAAAUGAGACAAAAUCGUGCCUCAAGAGUUUAAUUUCUUACCAUUUUUUGGUAUGAAAGAAAGAUAUUUUUUUGGUGUCUGGGGGUAUAUACUUAAACUAUUAAUCACCUCAGUUUCAGAGAAUAAUUGUUAAUUAUUGUAUCAUAAUUCUAAUGGUCCUGGACUCCCCCAGUUAUUUUGAGUUUUGUUAACAGAAAACCAAAGGUAAAAAGCAUUGUACAAUUACAAUAAAAUUGUAAAAGUUUACCUUUUUUGAAUUACUCCUUUUCAAAGAGAAUCAUGGGAGACUGGUGACAGUAAUUUGCCAAGCAACCAAUCUGGAGGCAAUCUCACUUUAACAGAUUCAAACAUGGAUAAAUAUUACUUGAUUUUACUUCAUCUAUUAAUUAAAUAGUAAUUUUUUUAAAUUUCUUUUUUUUCCAUUGAUUCCUCUUUCACUGCUACUUCAGUCAAAGUACUAAUAAUAAGUUCAUAAAAAAACUUUUUUGGAGUCUAUUAAAGUUUUUUGUUUGUUUGAGAUGGAAUUUAAGUUAAAAUAAUUUCUGAAUUUAUUUGCACUUUUUAUUUUUUACUUUCAAUUGAUAAUUACAGGAAGUAUGACAAUGUGUCAUUAACAGAGGGAAAUGCAAAUUAAAAUGGUUUUAAAUCAUUUUGUCCUAAAUUCAGGUUAAACUACAACAUGUGUGUAUGCAUUCUUACAAUGUAGGUUAUUAAGCCUGAGGUAGAACCUUGGCUCAGUAUUAUGUCAGUCUGACUGAAGCAUUGCUGUAAUGAGAUUUAUGUAAAAUGUACGGUACUUUGAAAACUCUGUGUUUCAGAAGGUGAGAGAGUGUGGGAUAUUGAUUUUUACUUCAUAAAGAAUAAUGUUACAUACAUCAGUUUAUAUUAGUCUAUAUUUGCAAAAAAGAUUUAAAAGAUAUUAAACAAAAGAAAAGAAAGGAUAGAAAACAAACUAACAAUUUAUGAAUUUAACCAAUAAUGUUUCAAUGUAUUGUUUCUUUUUUGUGCUCCUUUAUUGCUUUCAAGAUUUUUGUUAAUUCUUCCCUUAAGCUGCUGCACAUUUUCCUUGUAAAGUAAUUAUAAGAAUUUGGAGUUAGAUCAAGAUGUAACUUCUACCUCAUGAGUCUGAGUAUUCUCAUUACCUGUUUGCUGGAUAAUGUAUGGAUAUUGUAAAGAGAAGUUACAUAAUAAUCAAUUUUGGGAGUUGAACAGUUAAUGCUUUGGAACUUAACUCAUGUUCAGAAUCACAAUUUAACCCUUUCACCCCCAGGAGUGAUGAACAUGAAACUUCUCCUUAUAAUUUCCUUACUUUAUCCAGAAAACAACCAAUAAGAAUAUUCAAACGUAUCAGAUAGAAGUUGUUACCUUGAUCCAACACCAAAUUCUCAAAACUAAUUUACAAGGAUACAGUAUGUGUAGCAGCUAGAGGAGAAUUAACAAUCAGAUCUUGGGAGUUAAAGGGUUAUUAAACAUUUAGGGCUGGUUGUUUAAACAAAGUUUAGCUGUUGUUUAACCAAACUUCUUUCAAAGCCAUCUUCAGUUUAGCCAAACCUCUUAAUAUCCAAACAUUUAUUUUUGGGAACAUUGUCAAGAGGGCCAAAAAUUAUCUGUGGGAGGACAUUUAUUUGAUGAAAUCAACCCUCUUAUAAAAAGAAACUGAGGCCCACUGCUUGUUUAAAACUGUGGAGUUCAGUGAACUCUUUCAUUCAAGAUGAUAUGUAGGAAUGACCAUUGACUAAUAUUUGAUUGUUUCCUGUCAGUGCAGAAACAUUUUGAUAUUUAUGAAUUUUGGGUCAGAUUCUUUGAAAAUUUUAUGCUCAUUUCAUAUACUAAAUAAAUUACAUUUGCAGAACCCUGACAUCGCUGAUAUUUAUACCCAACAUGCCAAGGAUACAACUGUAGCAGCAUAUGCACCAAGUGGAUUUUACAUUGCAUCAGGAGGUAAAAUAUCCCCUGAGACCCAUUGUGCCAAGUUCUUUCAAGGUUUUCCAUUUUGUACCUAGAAUGUAAUUUUAACCCUUUCACUCCCAAGAUCUUAUGAGUCAUUCUCCUUACUAUCUGCCAUACCCUUCUCAUAAUGUUAGUUCAGGGAAUUUAGUCUUAGAUCAACCAAUAAUCCCCUAACUGAUAUUUUUCUUUAUUCUCAUCACUAGUCUGUCUGGUAUUGUAUUGAUACUGUAAGGAGAAAUUCUGUCUUGAUCACUCAUGGGAGUGAAAGGAUCAAAAGACUGUACCACCACAUUACUUUCUAAUCCAAUAAUUUUCAAGUAUGUACUGAUAUUCUGUAGAGAUGUACAGAAUUUUUAAAUAAAUCUGUCCUUUUGGAGUGCUAUUUUUUUUUUGGUCAAUUAGCAAGUUGUAUUCAGAAAGUAAUGUUGCAUCUUACAGUCCCAGACAGACAAAAAUUGAUGAUUUCUUAGAUAGGUAUUGGUAGCUCUGAUAUUUGGUGACCUUUUACUGCAAACUAGAGUUUUAGGUAAGCUAAUUCAAAUUAACUCACAAUGUACAAUGGGAUAUGUGAUUGGUGGGAGACGUGUUGGUCUAAUGGUAAGUGUGUAAGACUUCAGACAAGAGGUCUGAGGUUAAGGCCUGGUUACAUCCAUGUGUUGUGUUCUCAGGCAAAACACAAUGCUCUCACAAUGCUUCUCACCAUCCAGGCCCCAGUUGUUUGAAGGUUGGAUAACACUAUUCACUGGAUAAAUCUUUAUCCAGUGAAUAGCACAGUAUGUUUUGCUAUCACUUAUCUGCUGGAUAGUGAUUUAUCUGUUGGAUAGUGUUAUCUGGCAUUUAUACUACUGAACCCUGGAGUAUAAAUGGGUACUGGCAAAUUUGUCAGGGAAGCUAGUGUGGUGAAAUACUGGAUGGUAACCUUGCAAUAGACCAGCAUCCCAUUCAGGGGGGAGGAGUGACUCCUAGUUACUCAAUGCUAAGGAGAUUGGAGUAAGCUCCGGCUUGGUAGCCACUUGGCUUGGGUACAGUUAUGGUUAAACAAGUAUUGUUCCAGUCAUCGUAGUAAAUACAGCACCAUCAGUGUUGUCAUUUGCAGCCACACAUUCUUUCCUUCUGGCCAUUCAUUUCAGUGGCAAACAAUAGAACUGAGGCACACAUCAGGUAAAGUGCACAAGUGUAUAACUUAACAACAUGACCUUGUGUCUUUAUAGUCUAUCAAUUCUUUUUUUUUUUUUUUUUUUUUUUUUUUUGUAAGAUGUCUCUGGAAAACUCAGAAUCUGGGACACCACACAGGCAGAGCAUGUACUGAAAUAUGAAUACCAGUCUUUGAGUGGUGCUAUUAAAGAUAUCGCAUGGUCCGAGGACAGUAAGAGGAUUGUUGUUGUUGGAGCAGGCAGGGAAAAGUAAGCUGUCAUCCUCAUUUCUUUUUAACAACUGCAUCGCUAUGUGGAGGUUGGGUGCUUCAAACAUCCAGGAGCUUCCACUGUUAGCAGCCAGCUCCCAGGCAACCCAGCCAUGAACCCAGAUGCAGGAAAGGGAAACAGGCACCCAUCACACUGAAUAAACAGUGGAAAGAGGGAGGGAAGGGUGGGGAAAACUGCCACUCCUCCAAAUGCUUCAAGUUCAUGCUCAAUGCACAUGCAAGAACACCUCAAAUGAAGAGCACAUGGAAUUCCGACACAUGCACAUAUGCAAAAAAACUGCUGACCACUAGAGAACACUGAUGCUCUUUGUUGUUACAGUAGCUCCAUUAAAUUGCAUUUAUCUGCAUAUAAAAACCCUGUCCAAAUAAUUUUCUGUUUGUCUGCUAGUCUCUGCGUUAGUCACAGUUUUUAUUUUAUAUUUAGAGUAGCUCUAUAUCAGGAAGACAAAUGGCCCUAUUCAAUGACUGAUAAAUUCCUUUACCGAUAUGCCAGUUUUGAGCCAGUGGCCUGCACAAGUAACAGUGUAUCAUUAAUUUGCUGGAAUAUUACUUUGCUUUUAGAUUUGCUAAUGUGUUCCUAUGGGAUAGUGGGUCUUCGGUGGGUCAAAUCACAGGACACUCCAAGGAUAUCAACGCAGUGGAUUACAAACCCACUCGUCCAUUCCGCAUCUGUACUGCAAGUGAAGAUUCUGAUGUUGGCUUUUUCGAGGGACCACCCUUUAAAUAUCAUCAUGCUAACAAGGUUGGUAACACUGACAUUAAUUUAUUUGUUUAUCAAAUUCUAUUCAAUUUUAUUGAUUUGAUUGACAUUCAUAAAGAUCCUCUACAUCAAAAAUGUUCAUUUAUCACAUGUAUGUGUGAUUCUGAUAUUUUUUAAUUUCCAAUUCUUGGAUAAGUUGCUUUUAUUCUCAACCCAAAAUUAAACUGGAAGAGACAUAAGCAUUUAGUGGACUAUCAUUAGUAUUCAACAUUCUGUUAUUGAAAUACACUCUUGAGCCCUAACAAGAGGAGCUGGAUUGACCCAUGGAAAUUUUCUGUCAGACUUACUACAGCAAGUAUCUUUUUGCCAUUGAGUAUACAUGAACUGAAGAAAAUCGCAUUUCAUUCUUGUAGAGUACAGUUGUUCCAAGCAUACAUUCAUUAAGCGCCAACUGUUUUGGCUUUUUCUGUAAAUGAAUGAGAUGAAUCAAAUUAUUUGCACAGGUUGACUAACUGCACCCAAUCUCCGAGGCCUUGAUUGCCUACUCAGAUCUCAAAGAUUUAACAAAAACCAUUGAAACUAGAUUUCACAAGUUUGGGAAACUCUUCUUUUUUAAACACAUUUUUUUUCCAAAAGUUUUUACAGGAGUGGAUUUAUGGUUUUUACAGGAAUGGUACAUUACUUCAAACAGGUUUGUUUUAGGACAGGCACUAUGACAAUGGAUAGCCCAUUGUUUCCUUUCCUUUUUUCAUUUAAACAGAGCCACACCAACUUUGUGAACUGUGUAAAGUACUCGCCAAAUGGUGAACAUUUUGUGUCUGGUGGUGCAGAUGGCAUGGUAUGUCUGUUUAGGAAAGUGUUUAAUACAACCAUGUGACUAUGUACAAAUGCUUUACAACAAGUUAAAAGAAAAAAUUGGUGUACUGUAAGUGGAAUUGUAACUCUAUGACUGUAUAUUACAGUAUGUGAAACUAGCAAAGUGCUUCUGAGCCAACUGAGCUAUCAAUUCAUGGUGAUCAUGAUAGUAAUGUAUAUACCCUUGAAAGAUGAGGAGAUUUAACAUUUAGCAAAUUUAUGGUAAUAUGCCUCAAUUUUGCUUGUACAACUAGAGUAUGUAUGGUUGUACUCUAAAAUUGUACUGUAUCUCAUAGAAAAGAAUUAUGAACACUUUGGAAUCUUCCCACUAUUCAUUUUUUUAUUAUUUUGUUAUAUUUAUUUCCCUUGGUCAUUAUCAUAAUCUCAAAUGAAAGAAAAUUAAAAUGAAGCUGUUUUGAAAAUUGUUUGAAAUGAGGAAAGAAUUAACACAGCAAUUUAUGCAACAAUACAUGUAAUUCUGUGAGCAUAGCUUGGUUUGUUUUGAUGCUGAACUCUUUAUUCUGAUCAAUAUUGAUAUUGUUGUUGUCUUUUUUUAGAUUUUUCUUUAUAACGGUAAGAGUGGAGAGGAAAUUUGUGCCUUGGGUGGAGGAAAAGCUCACAAAGGGGGUGUGUACGGGGUGAGUAUUUUACUGAGAGUGCAAGACUUUUCCUAGUGUCAUCCUGCAGUUAUGAAACUUUUCCUUGAUAGUGUAAUUGCUUGAAGUCGACAAGUGGUGUUGCUGGAUACAUAUCUUAUUUCCUUGAAUAAGCAUCCAUGCUCUAAUUAGUGUCCUCCCCUAAAAUAGUACCCACCCCCUUGGCCAUAAUUUCCAACAACAAGUGCCCCCUUAAAUAGCUGCUUUUCCCUCCUCCCCCCUCCCCCCUGCACCUCCUCCCUCAAUUUCUUAGAUAGUGGGGAUUCAUGGAACUUCUGUUUCUGUUGCCACUUUAUUUAUACCUUUUUGAGUUUCAAAUACAGUGGAAUCAGUGCAUAGGAGAAUAGUUUCUUUUCCCUUCCAGGUAUUUCUAUCUCCAUGUGCUUGCAGAGUUUCGUUAUGUGUUAUUUAACAAUAGACUGAUCAUUAUUUUGCAUAUUACUGAUUGCUUUUUAAAACCCUUUAUGCCCUACAAUCAGAAAGCAGUAAGGUGCUGACAGGGAGAAUUUUUUUAACAAUCAAAAGCUUACUUAGUUUGUGAUCAUUUCCUUUAUUCUUGUGACCUUAGUGUGGGACUAACAUGUAAGUUUGAUAUUGUAAGGAGAAAGAAGGUGCCAGUAACUCUUAGGGGUCAAAAGGUUGAUGAUCAUCUGAAUGGGUUUCUAAGUGACCUGAGACUUGUCUAUCUUGAUGAGCAGGAGGACACCUUGAAACGCUCCUCUUCUCUCUUUUUGUAGCAUUGUUUAAUCCUUACUGGAUGCAAAUUACAGUGUACUAACAAUAAUUUGUCUUGACUGUCAUAGGUAUCAUGGAGUCCAGACAGCAACUUUGUUCUCAGUGCUUCAGCAGACAAGACUGCAAAAAUAUGGGACAUAGCUGCUAACACUGCUUCUGUGUAAGAAAUUCUAAAGCAGUUCCCCCCACAGUUAUGUGCAUAGUAGAUCCAUCAAAUUUUGUUUGCAAGUGAAAAAUACAAAUUUGUAUAUUAGGUAACAACACGAUUAUGAGUGCAAUUUGGUGUCAGUAAGCAUGAGUAUAUUUUUAAGAGACUACAAAAUUUUACAAACCCGUAGGGCAAGUGAAAUUUUUUAGUCUUUGAAAAAUUUACCAGUGCAUAUUUACACACACAUUAUUACUUGUUAAUGAUUUACAUGAAGAACAUCAGAGAAAGUCAAAGAUGGAUGAAAUUUUGGCAGCGCACACUAUUUGUAAUUUGCAAUUGUGUUACAACUUUGCAUUCGUGUUACAUGAAAAAUGUACUCGUUUUCAGCCAAUCAGACACGCAUUAUCUUUUCUUGUAUAUUAUUAGUAUAGUCUGUGAUAAUAUCUUCUUGCUCAAGAGUACUGAUUCUCCAUGAAUAAUAUACAUAAUUGUAUUCUUGAAAAAGCAAGGAUGUCGAAAUUUGAAGUUGACCCUCACCCUCCAGUCCAGUCUUAAUUAUUUCCCAGAAGUGAUGGAAAAAGUAGAUUAAAAUUCCGCUGUUUUGGCUUUAAACGUGUCUCAUUAUUAACCAAAAAUUUUUUAAUGUGACCUUUUAAGAAGAGAAAAAUUUGGUUUAGAUUGGAAUCACUGUUUCAGUUAAAAAAAAAAAAAUUGGUUCAGAUUGGAAUCACCAUUUUUGAUUUGUUUGUUUUCUGUUAGUGAGUUUACAUUUGGCACAGACCUUGACCACCAACAACUUGGCUGCUUGUGGCAGGGAGAUUACCUCCUUACUGUUGCUCUCACUGGAAAUAUCAACUAUUUGGAUAAGAACAAUCCUUCCUCCCCAAGCAGAAUUAUUAAGGUAUGCAGUUUACAUGUGUAAAACACUGAGAGUACCCUCUCACACCUACAGUUAGCAGUUAUUGGAUGAGGUUGAGCACGGUAUCAUGAAUUAUCAAUGUCGAGGUCUGUGUUAUCUUCCGAAGCCUUCGGCUUCGGCAGAUACCACAGACGCAAAGUUUCAUUGAUAAUUUAUGAUAUCAUGCGAAAUCCGAAUUCAUUAAUUGUUUUAUUAACCUUUUUUAAACAUUCUGCAAAAGAAGACACUUCUCUCUGAGAUUGCAGAAGUUUGAGAACACUACACAGCCGAGGGGCUUGGAAACUAGGAAAACUUUGAACUUGACAUGAUAACCCAAUAUCUGCUAGAAGUUAAUUACUUGUAGAAGUUCGAGGGUAGAUAGCGAGCGAAAAAGAUAGGAUUGAGACUUAGUGUGGUCCUGCUGUGUUGAGGUGAAUGUCAAGUAUUGAACCUUCGACUAACUUGCAACUCUUAACGCAGUAACUCUCAAAAGUGAUUAGCAUAUAACUUCUCCCUAGAAUAUCCUUACAUUAUUCAGCAAGUAGGUAAUGAGAAUACUCAAACCUAUUCGGUAGGAGUUGUUAUCUUGUUUUAACACCAAACUCUUGUAACUGAUUUACAACGCGUUGUGUAGCAGCUGGAGGAGAGAAAUUAAAAAUCAAAUCUCGGGCUUUGAAGGGUUAAAUUGAGUGCAUUUGGAAAUUGUGUGAUUGAGAUGACAGGUUUUAUAUGCAGAGCUGUCAUUUAAAUGUUCCCGUUUUGAUAUUUGUCUUGAUACUUCAUCUUUAUUGCUUUUCCAAUCAGGGCCACAACAAGAACAUUUUGUCCGUUGCUUCUUCUGAAGAUGGCUCUACUCUGUACACUGGAAGUUUCGACUCACGAAUUUGUAUCCUCUCAAGUAUUAUGUCUUAUGCAUUCACAAAACAUGUGAAAUUCUUGGAGUCCUUCAAGCUUCAUCUACAUGUAUGAGUUUCUGUGUAGAAAGAUACUAGGUUACUUUAAGGAGUUCGUGUAACUGCCAACAAACUUUGUUUUGUGGAGCUCGUUGCCCCUGUAAAUGCUUUUUUUGCCCUUACACAAAGCAGAGUUUCGUUGCUUUACUUGAUUCUCAUCCGCAGGUUGAAAUAAAUGUAUCUUACUAGAAGUUGUGAUGUACCUCUGUUGUAAAACUUAACACGCUUCAGGUCAAUGGGAUGUGAAAUCUGGAAAUGCUGAGACAUUCAAAGGCAAAGGUCAUACAAAUCAAAUAUCAGACAUGGUUUUGUGUGCAGAUAAGUUAGCCACCUGCAGUAUGGACGACACCGUCAGAUUCACGUCCCUGAAGACUCUGGAAUAUGGGUUAGUGGAGUAACACCUCAUGUAAUGAUGCAAGCCCAUUGUUAAGACUCUUAAAAGCCUCUGUAGGUUGAUAAAUUCCCACGGCUUCCAGACAGAAGAUGAUCGGAGAGAGAAGGAGAGGGGGAAUGGGGCAAAGUGAGAGGCAUAAUAUCAGUCGAUUUUUUUUUCCAUUUGUCCAGUCGUCCAGCUUUGGUGCAUAUUUUUUAAAGAAUGAAUUUCGCUGAUUUUAAAAAACACUUCAUCCUUUGAAACAGAAACAAGACUGUUUUGGCUUACAAAUGCAAUUGCGUUUUGUGCUGAAACGCUACAGUAGUUAGCCCGAGACCAUUAACAGUACUACGGUGUAACAAUUUCCUCGGCGAAUUCACGGCAUUAUUAUUUUGUCCCGUGUUUUAAUUUAGGGGUGGAGGAAGGAUGUGUUGGUUAUAAGAUAAGGGGGCUUAUAUGAAGCUUCAAGCUCAACUAUUGAAAUCAAUCAGAUGGAAAGCAGGUCACAGGGCACCCAGGGACACUAUAUAGAAACUGCAUUUAACCUCCUAACUCGCAAAUCAAAUUUGUAAUUCUACUUACUGUCAGCUAUACAAUUCUUAUAAUUUUAGUUCAGAGAAUUUAGUAUUAGAUUAACUAACUAUCCCCAAAUUGAUAUUUUUCUUUAUUCUCAUCACUUAUCUGGUUGAAAUUGUAUUUAUAUUGUAAGGAUAAUUUUCUCUUGGUAACUCACGGGAGUUAAAGGGUUAAACAUCAUUGCUGCGUUUCAAUUUAUUUUAUUUUUUACUGAUUUUUUGUAUUUUUCCCGUCAGGUCUGAAAGUACAGGAAUGCAAAGUCAGCCGAACGGCCUCGACUGUGGGAAAGAUGGUCUCACUGUUGUGGCUUGUUUGAAAGAGGUAAGUUUAAAAUAGAAUUGUUGCAGCUAACCCGAGGUUGUUUGUGUUGCAUUACCUUACCUCGCUCUCGCACUAACUAAAACCCAGUGCGACUUCAUUACCCUUGUGUUGCUGCGCUCUUAUGUUAAAAAUUGAGUCGUGACUGUUUUCUAACAAUGUUUACCCUUGUACUGAUUGGUCUUUGCAAUUACUUUGCGUUUGGUUUGAGCAGUUCCCCCUGUUUGGCGAAGUCCUUCAAGAGCCAAUUGGUAUAAAACAAACAAACAAACAAAAAAACAAACAAAAGAUGAUGUUAACGCGGCGUGCGAAACUGUGGGAGGGAGGCAUGCAAACAUCAAUUUUGAUUUUCGCUGCUUUUUUUUUUUUUUUUUUUUUUGAAAGAACUGAUCGUAGUUUACGAACCUUUUGAUGGCAACGUUGUUUUCAUGGGGUCCUAGCAAACAAAUUUGCGAUGCUUAUUGCUCCGCAAACGCAUUAAUGACAUAGUCCUUCCACUUACUAUCUAAGGUUUCCUUCUAACAGAUUGUAGUGUUACGAGAUGGAAACGUUGUGCAUUCUCAUCCUGUGGACUAUGAACCUCAGUGCGUUGCUAUCCACCCUGGGCAGACAGAGGUUGCAGUAGGAGGAAAAACGGUACGGCUUAGUCGUGGAGUUACGUGUUUGGAUGCCAUUCUGAACGCCCAGCGAGGCUUCAAAAAGAAAAUUUUACGUACUCGCUAUUUGGGGACCUAAGUCAUAAAAUGGCUAUAGUUUUUGGAGGGUCACCCCGGCGAUAUCUCAGUGAUUAGUACUCGUACAAAAAAAAGUAAAAAAAAAAGCCAACAUUUUUUAGAUAAAAGAAAUCAGGGGAGCAUCUACAAUGUUGUAAGCAGAUGUUUUAUGUCACUUUUACUGUAGCCAUGAAUACUUAGGAAUACAAAUGUUGGAGCUUGCUUUAUGACCGCCGAACGCAUGUCACCAAAUUGGCGACUUUGUCGCAAAUUUAGUCGCUAAAAUUUUUCUCUUCUCGCUACGCAGGCGAAUAAUCAUGAUAGCAGCUAGGAGUGCUACCCAUAUUAGGCUGGGGAUAUACCGUAAGGGUUAGAAAGAUAUGACCCUCUCCUCUCUUUAAUCGGUAAUCAGGCGUCACAGUAUAGGUGAUCAAGGCGCACUGUGCAAUACACUUUACUUUGAAAUAGAAGAAAGCGAAAUUUAAAAAUGGCUCAAAAACCCAGAAGGUAAGAGGCAAGAGAACAGUGAAAACAGCCCUAAUGGAUAUUUACUAUUUGUUAAAGUGAUAUUAAUAUCCCUUUUCACUUGUUUUACUAGAACGAAAUUCAUAUUUACACUUUGGACAAAAAUACUCUGGUCACCAAGACGAGCUGUUCUCGGUCAUCAGCGGUUAAUGUAGUGAGUGACUUGGUGUACUCUCCAGAUGGUGCUUACCUGGCUGUGGGCGAUGAUAACCGCAGAGUAUCAGUAUUUGACUCUGCUGAUUAUAAGGUAUGACACAAGUGUAUGGCAUACAUGCAGCUGAUAGCCAGUCUUUGAGAGGCUCCCCCUACCCUUCCCUACUCCCCCCCCCUUUCCCCACUCCCUCCCUUCCCCCACUCCCUCCCUUGCCCACCCCCUAUUUAGCCUUUGGUUUCCCAGGAACGUAAACAGCUAUUGACUAAAUUUAUCGUUUGUUUCAUUAUUUUGAAGUUGAAGUUUGAGUUGACUGGACCUCAAGCUCGCGUAACUUGUGUAGCGUGGGCACCUGACUCACGGCAUCUUGCCUGUGGUGGACUGGACACCAACUUGUUCAUUUACGACUUAGAAAAGACCAAUGCGAAGAUUGAAAUAAAACGUAAGCCUAGAUUUCUCUAGUAACUGUUUUAAUGUUCUAUUUUGUAGCCUGUUCAAUAGCUUUGAAUGUUUGUAUUUAAGAUAUGUGACCCUUCACGAUGACGCAAGAAAAAAGGUGACGCGUCAAUUUACAGAGCAUGCUCAUAGUAUUUUUUUGAUGCCGUUUCAGGUGCUCAUCCUCAAGGCAUCAUUUCGCGAGUUACGUGGUUGGAUAAUAACACACUGGCCAGUGUGGGCUUUGACUGCUGCAUCCGUUUCUGGAACAUAACUUACUAGAUUAGUUCCCACCCAUCCCUCCCUCGUUUACGUUUCAAUUUGUCAGCUUUGUGACUAAAGUAAACCGUAAACACUUCUUCCAGCAAACAAGUGCCAUUUUGCGCCAACAUUUUUUACAAUGCACUUAACUAUGUCUGAUUAUAAGAAAAAAAUGAGGAUUUUGUUUGUUUACAUUAAACUGAAGCGUGUAAUGUGAAUAUAAAGAGUUAAUAUCAAAACUUUA